UGCGUUGGCACAGAAAAGGAAAUUUCCGCAACAAAUCGAUUCUCAAACAGAAAAUACUCGACGUGCGUAAGAAGCCUGUGGAAGGAUUCGCGUGACCAGCGGGGCUGCGGCGUUUUAUGACGUGCAUCGUCAGUCCUUCGCUGCUUCUUCCCUUCCAGCGUGCGGUCCCAUUCGUUCUCAGACGCGGUCCGUUGUCCGAAAGAUUGUCCGGAAUCAGCUCGUCACUUGUGGGCACCGUUCGACGCACUUCCGUAUCCGCUGCAACGAUGGGCAAACCGAAGGUUGUGUUCGUUCUCGGCCCACCCGGCUCCGGCAAGGGAACGCAGUGUGAGAAGAUCGUCGCAAAGUACGGCUACACCCAUCUGUCAGCCGGCGAUCUGCUGCGGGAAGAACGGAACCGCGAGGGUUCCGAGUACGGGCAGCUGAUCGAGGACAACAUUCGGAAUGGGCGGAUCGUGCCGGUCGAAAUUACCUGCUCCCUGCUGGAAAACGCCAUGAACAAAACGCAAGAGGCUACCGGCAACGAUCGGUUUCUGGUCGAUGGAUUCCCCCGCAAUGAGGAUAAUUUGCAGGGCUGGACGAAGAAGAUGGCUGAUAAGGUGGACCUACAGUUUGUCCUGUUCUUCGAAUGCUCCGAGCAGCAGUGCACCGAUCGGUGCCUCAAGCGGGGCGAAAGCAGUGGCCGUUCGGAUGACAAUGCCGAUAGUUUGAAAAAACGGUUCAACACGUACAUCAACGAUUCGGUUCCCAUCAUUAAGCACUACGAUCAGCAGCAGCUGGUGAAGAAGAUCGAUGCCGGUGUAGGCCCCGAUGCGGUGUUCGAGUCGGUAAAGGCCGCCUUUGAACAGCUGCUUUAAGCAGGGACACCACAACAAUUCUGCCUGGUGACGGCCAUUACGAAAGUGGUUCUAGAAUUUUUAUGUUUGUGUACUUUACGGGCAGGUUGCGUGUAUGUCUGUCUGGUUUGCGUAUCGCAUAACGCCGAUACCGAUAAUGAUCGCAUGACGAAUUACCAGAGUUCAAGGAUCCAAAUUCAAGAAUUGCGUGUAGCGUGUACCGAAAGACCCCAACAGUGCCGUCAACAUUCCUUGGAGUCGAAGAAGUGUAAGCAAGUUAGUUUCAGGCAGGGUAACCGUUGUUUGUAAUCACUGCACGGCUACCGGUACCGCAACUUCUGUUUUAUGAUUUAUCCGCAGUAUUUUUCAUCAGAAAGUGUCCCGGAUCAGCAUUGCGCUGCGCUAAUUCUUAUAAUUUAGACAUCGAAUAAACAUUCGAAUAAUUGUCCCCAAUGUAUUAAUUCCCAAUAGACUCGUGCUCAUGCAACCUUCAUAAAUAUGAUGCAAGAUCGCCAAGGUCCGUUUAAAAUCAAUAGUAACUGUCGCUGCAGUUUCUUUUCCUUACUUGGCCAAAGAGAUUGCGCAAACGAAAUGUGAAUUGGUACGAAAUCCUAGUUAAUGAAUGAAUGAAAUUUCGUUAAAUGAAACAUGCUGCAAUUGCUCAUUCGCGUCUAUAUAGGAAGAGAUAAAUAAAGUUAUCAGCACUUGUGAAAUAGAACG